AGACUGAGAGCACAACAAUAUAUCUUAUCUGUUAUUUGUUUGAGUUGCGCAAUUUUAACGUUAUGCGAGACAGCAUCUUUACUAGGGCGCGAAAUGCCCGGACGGGGUCUGAUGAUCUGGCUACUUACUGUAACAACAUGGCACCUAUCACCUUUAAAGUGGGUUUCCAACUGUUCGUGGUUGCAUUGGUAGCUCUGAUGAUGGCUAUUGGCAUCACCCAUCUCAACGAAUGUCCUAUAAAUUGUCUGAUCCCCAUUUACCUGAUAGCAACCGGAGGGCUGUAUAUUGGCUGGUUGGUGCUUGAGAUGGGCUGCGAACAAUGCGAUUUUCCCAAUAUCAAGCUCUGGCUCAGAAUUCUCUUGAGCCUCUCAGCCGUUGGAUUUUUUAUCGCUGGCAACAUCUGGGUGUACGGGGCAUGGGAGGAGGUGGAAACAAGGAAACGUUUCCUAAACAAUGACGAGUACUGCAACCCGUGGGUGUACUGGGUGGCCUUCUGUACCAUCACCAUCAACACCGCCCUCACCAUUAUAGGCCUGUUCAGUCUGAUGGCCUGGUGCCUCCUAGCCUGCUGUAUCAAGUUGUGCUGUAAAGGGGUGAUAGAUGAGACCACUCCACUUACUGCAGCUCGUAGUGACAGUCCUGCGUAGAGGCAAAACAGUCCUGCUUAGAGGCAAAAGUCAGUGAAGAUGAGGACGAUAAGAUUGGGAGACUUACCUACCGGAAAUUUGCCUUCGUCCGUGUUUGGGGUUUUUUUCAUCGGGGUUUGACUGUAGUUAGACGGGUUGAAUGUGAACUUAUUUUAUAUGCCUUAAUUUUUAUAGCACCAACUUUUGCUGUGUAAUUUUUGAAGAAAAACCGCAAAAUUAUGAAGUUAAAAAUUAAAAAUUGUUGAUCCGGUGGGCUCUUUGUUUUGGUUAUUUGUGUAUCGUUUUGACAGAAACUGAAAUAUGUAAAGAAUUUGGAUUGUUGAUAUUGAAAUAUUUUGAGGUUAACAUGUCAAUAUUAUAAUUAUCUUCCUUCCAGCAUA